AUGGCGGGUCGAAUGCGAGAAAACCUACUUACUCACUCGAGGCGGUUGGUCAACAUCAUCAACCACGGUCCUUCCAGCGACACUCGUCUCCCCCACCCAAGGAAUCCGAUGAAUAGAUUUCUGACAACUAAUGAACCCCUCCAAGGCCCACCGUGGCACAAUCCGACGUCUUUGGAUGCGGAUAUUGCUCUCAACAUGAAGCUGCGUCCACUCUGUGCAAUAUGGUCCGGUAUUUACAACCGCUUUAUGGUCUGCUUUCUCUGCUUAAUUAGAUGCCCCUGCGUUCUCCACGAAAUCUCAUCAAAACUUCUCGGCAAGGGGGAGGAGGCAAGACUCCGUUUCGCCAUUCAGAAUAAAGUAUCGUCUCAAUCCCAGCAAAUCCAACUAGCAACGAUGCAUUUCACUCGCCACCUGGUCCCGGCCGUCUUCGCGUCCGCCGCGGCCGCCGAAAAGACCUUCUGCGGUGCCCCCAACGACUAUGAGGUCCUCAUGGGCACUCCGUGGAUCGUCUACUCGAUGAACUACGCCUACCAGGCCAUCAAGGGAUCGGCUUGCACCGGCUACUACGGCACGUCCGGGUCCGGCGACGCGCAACGAAUCCAAUGGAGCAGCAUCUGGGACAUUGAUCCCACGUACCAAAAGGACGUCGUCAAGGGAUACUCCUUCAUCGGCCUGACCCAGAACCUCGAGACCAAGCUCAGUGACAUUCAGAGCAUCCCCAGCACCUACAGCUGGACUGUCUCCAACUCUUCGGCCUACAAGGGCAACGUCGUCUACGACUUCAUGACCUCCGACACCAAAGGCGACAGCACGUCCAGCAACGCCCAGGAGCUCAUGCUCUGGCUCCGCUGGGAAGGCGGACAGGUGCCCAUUGGCUGGGCCGACGGCCCGACGGCCACGAUCGACGGGCUCUUUGGCAAGGACGGGUGGAAGCUAUACCAGGGCAAGAACACCGAUACCGGCAUCACCGUGUCUUCGCUGCUUGCUCCCACCCAGUACGGCGACCUGGAGAAGGGCUCCUUCGAGGGAGACAUCAAGGACUGGCUCCUCGCGCUCUCCAAGCAAGGCGUCUUCUCCGAGAGUACCUACGUCAAUGUCGGAAAUGCUGGUCAGGAGCCGUACUGGGGUACCGUCACGUUCAACAACACUCUUGGCUUGAACAUCAACCUUUGA